AUGUCUUACUUUAACCCUCAAGAACCCCCCGAACAACUCGUCUCCGAUCAGGAGUCGGAAACUUUCGACAUGACCAAAGACGACCCGAUACCUACCCGACGGUUUAUUCGGUCGCUCACCGAGGAGGCCCAGCAGAUCCUGAGGGAGUCGUCUGUCGCUGAGUGCAUGUCAUUCAUCUACAACACUGGCUAUGGGACUUGCACCAAACAUUGCUGCCAGGUUCUUACAGAUGGGCAACGGCCAGAGAUGUUUGCUCCGGCCCUGGAUCCCGAACUGAGCCCCAAGAAUAUCGACGGCUCAACCAAGAUUUCCCAAUGGUUCGUUCCGAACAUGCCAAGGCUAAGAUCAAAUGGCCACGCCAAUGCUGCGGAUGUUCAAACCAUCGUCUCACUCAUCUCAAAGUUCUGGGAGGUGAAGUGCCAAGAUGAUACCAGAGCAAAAAACAUCAUGAACUCCUUGACUGAGGAUGCGGCGUGGUUACCGCCCAAUAUCCUUUACAGGAUCUCCGCCGAGCGCUUUGCGUAUGCCAACCAACGCGCUUUCCUGCUGCUGGACCCAGCAAUGGUUCAACGAGAAUGGGACCUCAGAUCUAAGAGGGAGGCUACUCAUAAAUUCUUGGAGGAAAAAGUCCUCUUUUCUCUGCCGCCAGCCUGGUUUUCUGACAUGGUCUUCUGGGGCCGCCCAGCCAAGGGCUACGAUGAGCUCUCGAAGGCAUACCUCGCAUGGCGCAAGGUCUGGUACGUGCGUGUCUUCCGGCCUGACUCCAAGUCUAUUCCUGCCAGGAUCGAGUUUCUCGAGUCUCGCCUCAAACGCAUCAUCCCAAUCUUGCACCUAUGGGGCAAUGUCCAAAACGACUACAACCUCUAUCACUACCAGGAGUUGACCCGCAAGGACCUGCGCUACACCUACGAGCAGGAACCCGAGGCUCUCCGGUACAUCCUCGAGAAUCUCAGUUACUGGAAGGAGGAGUGCCAGAUCCUCAACGACUAUGUCGGGCUUCGCCGCGAAAUACCCCAGGACCAGUUCCACUCGGCCAAGCGAGCGGCGCAGCGGGCUGGAACGGCAAUGGACAACCUCCUGCAAGCUGAGGAAGCUCUUAAGAAGUCCAUGUGUAAUGCAAAUAAAUGCAUCCAGCAGCAGAAGUUUUAUAUUGCGAAGCAGCGCUUUCUGGAGAUCCAACGAGCUCUUUUCGAGAAGCCUAUUCCUGGGGGAAGCGAGCUGGCGGAGCUAAUUAAGAAGGGCUUAGUGUGA